UGUCCUGGACUGGAUCGUACCGAGCUAACGUGAACAGGACGGGAGGACAUAGUGCGGUGUAAUAACAGCAGCAGAACAAUCACACGUCGGGCUUCACAUCUAUUCAAAAUGAUUUUCUGAAGGGCACGGAUACUGGCUUCCUGGGUGCUCAGAGUCGCUGUCAGCCCCCCCAGGGUGAGCAUUACUGCUUCACUUCAUCAUUGCACAGCACCACUGAAGCAAGGCAAGGUCAGUGUGAGGAGCCUUGUUGACUACUGCGGUGGCGGGCCAGGAGGACAAAGCUCAGGAAGAUGGCGUCACCCUUUGUGCCUGUCCCCGUGCCGUUGAACAGAGCCUUCUCAGCAGGUAGCAGCACGCUCAGGCGGCCGCAGCGAGCUUCAUCACUAGGCAGCGUCUCCAGCACCUUAGCCGGGGAGGACCAUGGAAGAGGAUGCGGAGGAUUAGGUUCCGGGCGGCAAUCUCGCGGCAUGGACAGAGGCGGUCGGAGCAGGACACCACCACCCCUCCACAGCCCUGUGACACGGGCCAGGGUGAACGGGACUCUGGAGACCUCCAUAGAGUACUCCAGCUGUCCACGCUCCAUAUCGGAUCCUGCCGGAAGCCAGCAGGGCGAGGAGAGGCCCAUUACCCCCACUGUGUUGGGGUAUGAGGUCAUGGAGGAGAGGGCCAAGUUCACGGUAUUUAAGGUCCUGGUCAGGAAGACUCCAGAUGAGAGCUGGGUUGUUUUUAGAAGGUACACAGACUUCUCCAGGCUCAACGACAAGCUGAAGGAGAUGUUCCCAGGCUUCCGCCUCGCGCUUCCUCCCAAGCGCUGGUUCAAAGACAACUAUGACAGCGACUUCCUGGAGGACAGACAGUUGGGACUACAGGCUUUUUUGCAAAACCUGGUUGCACACAAGGACAUCGCAAACUGCCUGGCAGUGAGAGAGUUUCUGUGUCUGGAUGACCCACCUGGGCCUUUUGAUAGUCUGGAGGAGAGCAGAGCGUUUUGUGAGACUCUGGAGGAGAGCAACUAUCGUCUCCAGAAGGAGCUGCUCGAGAAGCAGAAGGAGAUUGCCUCCCUAAAGAGGAGGUUGCAAGAAAGGGAGCAAGCCAUCUUGCUACUGGAGAAGCAUAUCAAUGGCGAGUGUGUGAGCCCCCAGUCUCCAUGUGGUCUGUCAGCUCAGAGCAACGAGAGCAGUGCGGAUGUGGACUCGUCCGCUGCAGAGGCUGAUCAGGAUGUGCUUGACGACACUGGGGGAAGGUGUGAGGUCCAACCGGUGUCAUCCUCAGCCUGUUGGUGUGGGCCGCCACUCAGCACCUCUCCUCCGGUCAUUGAGGUCACUCAGAUUUACCACCAGAAGCUGGAACAAUAACAAUGAACACUUGUCCCACUUAUCUCUUUUCCUCCAUCUCCUCCUCCCCUACUUCCUUAUGUUUGAGUGCUAUUCCCUAAGGUCUGUUUUUUGUUUCUGGCCUUUUGUUCACCUUAUCAUUCCUUCCUCCCACCACAAUUACAUUUUUUCCUCUUUAGCUCAAGAUCUGUGUAUAUGUUAAAAGGGAACAGUUUUGUACUGCAACAGCUUGUUCCACUUAUAUUUCCCCCUAUACGACGGGUUAUAGGAUGUUUUAUCUGGCCCCUACAGAAGACUUUCUGAAGACCUCGUACAACAUGAUAUGAACAAUAUCUUGAAUUACAUGGCUACACUAAAACCUCAGAUUGAGUUGAUCUGUCUUAAACUCUGCGGGAUUUCUCAAUCCUCCCCGUUCACUUUUGAGCCUCAUAAAGCGGCAGCCAGUCUGAAUCAACUUGAUCCUGAGGUCACAAGGCCAAAGUUUGGCUUCUUGACCAAAAAAAAUUAAGAUAACUUGAAGACAUUCACAAUCAUGACAAUCUACAGAAAACCCGAACCAUCAUCUCAUCAGUCUCUGCAGACUCGCAUUAUGGCUCAUCACUUGUUACAAGAUGCCCUCCUCUUAAACCCAAAAGACAACAGCCCUAUGUGACUAUAGAAAUAUAAACAAAGAGUCUGGAUAGAAAAAUGUCUCAGGAUAAGCAUUGGAGGCCAGGUUGGUAUCAGAGAGGACUGAUAACGCUAUGUUAGCAAGUACUUCCUUGUCAUUGCUUUGUACUGCCAUUGACUCCCAUUGAGGCUAUAGACUGACCUUUGGAUCCAUCAUUGGAUUUUCACUUUCAGUUUGCGUCUAAAAGCCUAGACUCCCCCAUGUUUUAGUGCCAUGGAAGAGUUGUAGUAAACUAAAGUCCUCCGAGAGACACAUCAAAUCUGUAAUGCAUUCUAUUGACAGAGUGCCAAGGAAAUGUGGUCUAUUGUUGCUUUUAGAGGAAUGUAAUGUACACUUUCAUGUCAUUCCCCUGACACUAGCAUCAGUUUGCUUUUAGACAUUGCAUAUGCCAAUUUAAGGAAAGUCCAUAAAUAUUUACAACAUUAAACCUCUUCUGGCACCUUGCCUGUUAAUAGAGUAGACUGAGCAUGGACUUGACAAGGUCAACCUAGAUGUUGUAACGUAGGUAUUUUUGAAGGGACAGUUCAGCCAUUAAACAAAAAACAAAACAUUUCUACUAACUCCUAAUGGUAUGUGUGGCCAUGCAGAUAGUUUUGGUGGUAUCUGCUGAAGAUUUAAAAGAUUCUAUAUACAUUACUACGGUGGUGUCUCACGCAUGCCUGCUGUCCCAAGAAGUGUUAAAUGUUCUACUUUAAAGAUUGAUUUUGGUAUUAAGUUACUUUUGACAACAAUGUCUAGGUGGUUGAGAAGAACCUGCACUUACCAGCUACCUAAUGUUAGUUUAACAUGGUGAAACAAGUUAGAUCAGCCAAGUCAACACUGCUAGCUAGCAUAGCAAAGUUUAGUGUCCCUAGGGGCUGCUAACUGUGGGGUUAUUGUGAAAUAAAACAUAAGUUCUACUCUAGCUAGGAUAACCUAAUGUCCCUGUAAUAGCCUUGACUUUUACUUUAAGCAAUUUGAAAUAAAUACUCAUCUGUGUUUAUUACCGUCCCUUCCCAAAGCGUUCCCCCCCUGGUAAACACUGUUAGCUAUCUCGGCACUGGUGUCGUUGUAUCCACUGUUCGUGCUUAUAGCACCGUUAGCUGCGAGCCUGCGGCUCAGCCAACUCCAUGUUGAGAGCAGUGUUGAGGCAAUAGAUAUGCAUUGAAUUCCAUAUUUAGCACCUUUUUAAGAUAACCACUUCUAAGAUUUCUGCCUCUAUCUGGAUACAAUUUAGGUCAAUGGAAUUUUAGUUUGUGGUGCCGAAAGAACUGGAAAAUGACAUGAAAAACUGAACAGUAAUCAGUAAACAGAUUAUCCACAGACACAACAGUUAUAAGUAUAACCACCAUCUACAGGAGCAAAAUGCCUCUUAACAGGGCCAUCCGAGGGUAACAUCUUGAGUAACUGUGACAUCUGAACAUUAAACCAAAACUAUCUGCAAUGCUAGAUAUCUAUUAAAGUAGGCGAGAACAUGUUGUACAGUGUGGCUGAACUUAAAGUUGUACGUCUAGGGUUGAUAAUCUUGAGAAACAAGUAUAUGCUAGAUUUUAAAAAAUAUAUCUGACACACAGCAGGCAGCGGCACUCGAGUCAGACCAGACCCUUGAAAAUUGUGUGACUAUAAUGCAUAACGUUAGCGGUUUGCAGAUCGGGCCAGGUGGUUGAUUAACGCAUCAUUUUUGUGUCGGGCCGUGCAGAUUGGCUCUUAUAGCGGGUCAGGUGGGAGAUUGUAAUAGAAAAGGCUGACUGGGGCAUCACUACUAGACAGUGUUGCCAGGCCUACACGUCAUGCCCAAAAGCCAUAUAAAACACUUGAGGUGCAGUGGUUUCACAUGUGUUGGUGUGUUUUCACUCUUUGAUGAUGAUUUAAUACAGUGUUUAACAACCACAGCUCUAUUGAAUCGUCUCAACCUGGGAAAAGAGGUCAUGAGAUGCACUUUAUGGAUGAAUGGCAACCCAUAGUGGUUGCUAGGAUAUGGUUUUUACUACUUAAUUUGUUUGACAGAAAUGUGCCUUUUCAACCACUGAAUCUGUUUUGAUUCCCAAAUGGAUCUAAUGUGUCAAUAUGUGAGAAAUGCAUAUGAGUUUUGUUCAUGUUUUGUUUUUCUGUAAAUUGCAUAAUUCUAAGUGCCUUGUACAUCUUUCACCUAACUUUUCUUUUGAUGUGUUUGAAUAGCUUUAUAGAUUCGUUCACAACAUGAAACACUUCCACUUGGUUCCUCUGAGGGAAAUAAUCUUUUAAAUGACCCCCAUGUGUAUGUUGCUUUGAAUAGACUGAACGGAUGUGUUUUUGUAAUGUUAUGAAUAAUAUGAAGUCUUAGUUACAUAUAUACACCUAUAGUUGCACUAUGAAAGACUUGAAUUAAUAACAUUUAGUUUGGUGUCACUAUCAAUGUCCUGGAUUUAAAGGGGAUAAUUCACAGAGAAAUCUGGUCUGAAAUGAAUAUUGUGGAUACUGUAACACAUGUUUCAGCAGAGCUGUUUAUCAGAAAGAAAUAUUUAAUUCACCCACAAUUUAACGUGGAAGGAUCUAUUGAAUACACAUGUAUGUUUCUUCACAUCUAAAGUCUGCUUUCAUGAAAUCAUAUUAGUGGUUUGUGCUUGGGUGACACAGCUGUCAGGUCUGAUAAGGUAUAAGAUGAUUUGGGCAUACAGUUACUGUAAGGCCCAUUUUAAAAAUGUGAUGCUUUCGAAAUGUAAUAAAUUCUUAU